GUCUCGUUGUUGUUUAGCCGGAAGUCGGGCUCGGCCGUGCAGACCGGAACGGCGACAAUAUGAAUGCACUCACAAAAGUGAAGCUCAUCAAUGAGUUAAAUGAAAGAGAGGCACAGCUGGGCGUUCAGGACAAAGUAUCCUGGCACUCAGAGUACAGGGACAGUGCGUGGAUCUUCCUGGGUGGCUUGCCUUAUGAAUUAACAGAAGGGGAUAUUAUCUGUGUGUUUUCACAGUAUGGGGAGGUUGUUAACAUCAAUCUUGUGCGAGACAAGAAGACCGGGAAGUCAAAAGGUUUCUGCUUUCUCUGUUAUGAAGAUCAGAGGAGCACCAUUUUAGCUGUGGACAACUUCAAUGGAAUCAAGAUUAAGGGAAGGACAAUCCGUGUUGACCAUGUAGCCAACUAUCGCCUUCCAAAAGAUGGAGAUGAUAUCGAUGACGUGACAAGAACACUGAGAGAGGAAGGCUGUGGACCAAAAGCACCUCCUCCAGCAUCAGCAUCCUCUGAGUCCCCUGACGAGACUGCUAGUGAGGUGCCAACUAAAAAACGGAAAAAAGAAAAGAAAAAGAAGAAGAAGAAAGAAAAAAAGGAGAGAAAACUGAAGUUGGAAAAGGAAGAACAAAGCUCCAAGCAAUUUGGCAAGACCUCUCUCCGAAGUCAGUCGCCUACACCAGCAGUAAGAAUUAAGAGAGAAAGAGAGGAUGAGGGAUAUGAGAAGCAUGCCAACACAAACCGAGACUGUCAUGGGGAACGCAGUGUUGACCAAAGAGCAACAACAAAUAAAAGAAAGCACUCAGAUGGAGUAGAUGAAAUGAGAAAUAGAGAGAAAUGGGAUGAGAGAAAUCAGUCCAGGAACUUGGAGAGGGACGAGCGGCGAAGAAAUGAUCAAAAUAGCCGAGGAUCAUGCAGUGAAAGGUCAAGUAGAGACUCAAGAUGCAACUACAGUGAUGGGAGAGAGACAAGACAUGAAGAGGAAAGGCAGAGUUACCAACGAGAGAAAAUGCAGAGAAAAGAGAGGUCUGAGAACAAGUAUGAUGAUCGAGACAAGUACAGGAAGAAUGAUCACAGCAGGAGAGAGGAGAGGGAUUCGGAUUGUGAGAGUUCCAAGAGUAAAGAGAGGAGAAGUAAGCACACCAAUGGCAGUCGUUAUAAAGAAAGAGAUGACCACAGGGAUUGAUGAUAAAAGAAGCAAAUGAGAAGCUUUCUAUGGGAAGCAGCCCCUGAUUCUGGGCUCAGCUGUACAUCAUAAAAACCAGGAUAGACACCUCCAUACUUACUGAACUGGCAAUAUUGGUGGUAAGAGUCAUAUUGACAAGUCAGUAAUGCUGUCGGCUAGCCAAAUGUUAUUUACAUUUUGACAGAACCCUACACAUCUGCCUUUGGUGUCAAAACUCUUUUCCAUUAAAACCUGUAGCAAUUUAGCAACCCCCUAAAUUAUUGUUUCUUUUAGAGCUGCGAUACAGUAUAGCAUCUCCUGUACUUCAUUGCAGAAGCAAAGUCUGCAAUGUCUUCAAAUAUAUUUGAAAGGAUUUAUUUUAUCCAAAUAAUUGGCGUUUUUCAGGGAGGUUCUGUGUAAGUACAUUUGUAAAGUAACUGUCAGAGUUAAAGCACCGAUGCUUAAUGGCUGAAAUCAUCUCUCAGUACUCUUCAGAAAUAUUUCCAGUCUCCCAUGUUUCUGCCUAUAAACAGUGCUGAAAUAAUAAUGUGUUGCUUAUUGUUUUAUUAUUUUGUAGAAUAAUAUAAUCAGGAAAAAAAUCCCUUCAGCCUAAUCCUAUUUGUUUCCUCUUGCAUCUCUGUCAGUUCCCCACUCCUGCCUAGUUGCUCUGCUUCAUGUAGAUUUUUAGGUAAAGUAAAUCAUUUUGAUAGAAACUUGGGUUGGAAGCAUUUUAAAAGGGUUCAAUUUUUGAAUGUCAUUUACUGCCGAAGCAGAAUUUCUAAGCCAGAGUCCUACAACUAAGUUUGUUAUAACACUUGGUGUUGUAAAUGGUGUUAGUUAAGAAGAGAAUAUUGAUAUAUGAAUAAGUUAAUACAAAUGUAAAGUAAAUGGGAAUGCUAGAGUUCUGAAAUAAAAUAGAAAAUACUGAUUAAUUCAGGCCAGUGACUGAACAAUCCAUUCAUAGCUAUUCCUAAGCCCUUUUGAACUGGGGUAAUUAACUGCGUCAGACUAAGUGUUUGUCCACAAAAUUCAGAUUAGAUAAGAAAUUAACUCAUUUAUUUAUUGCAUCUUUAUGCCUUCUUUCAGGUGUGAAGUCUGGUGGUGUUUAGGAACAAUUUUGCAAAGCCCAGUUUUGCUUAUGUUACAGAACUGUUUCAUUGCACAUUAAAGAAGUUUUAACUAAUGUAUGAUGAACAUCAUGUAACAUCAACAGUACAAUUUUUGUGAAUAUUAAUAAAAGUGGAUUAUAAUAGUUAUUCUCUUUUAACAAAGAUCCUUUGAUAUGUCUUCAAUUACUGUGAAUACUAUGAUUAAAUUUGUAUAGAAAAUAAA